UCCAGCCAGUUAACAGUUACAGACUUUAGUGUUGAAUUUUUGUCCUCUAUCUCCAACUGCCUCUCACAGGUCACAGACACUUGAAAAAGUUUACAGUCACCUUCUUAUCUUAUCUAAUCUUGGAACAGAGAGACAGACAGGCAGGCCGCAGGCCAUGAGCAAGAGUAAGCCUUCGAGAUCAUAACACUGAAAAUAUGGCGGUAGCAUUCUGUAACCUGAACCUGUUGUUGGGUCUAAAGAAACCCCAUGUAUCUUUCAUCAAGUAUAGUUAUGCUACAAGGUCUGAUCAGGGAGUUUUGUUUCCAAAUGCUUCUACAAGAUCGUGGUCGUUCUAUUAUAGCAGACAGGAAUUUUUCUUUAGGACUCAUAGAAGACAGGUAGAAAUCAAGCAAAAAAGCCAAAGUAGACUGAUUUUUUCUAAGAGCGCAACUCAAUACGAUGAUAAUACAUAUGGAGGAGAAAAAGACGAACAGAUUUCUAAAGUGACCUUGAUAUGGAGGGCAAUCAAAUUGCCAAUUUACUCGGUUGCUUUGGUCCCACUCACCGUAGGUGGUGCAGCUGCUUAUCUGCAGACCGGCACGUUUUCGGCUAGGCGCUAUGUUGUGCUCUUAGCUUCUUCAAUCCUUAUUAUAACAUGGCUCAAUUUAAGCAACGAUGUUUAUGAUUUCGAUACAGGAGCAGAUAAGAACAAGAAAGAAUCAGUUGUGAACUUGGUUGGCAGCCGUUCAGGGAUCUUUGUUGCUGCUUAUUCAUCUCUUGCCCUUGGCUUCAUGGGACUGACAUGGACAUCUCUAGGGGCAGGAAGUGUGCAAGCAAUAUUAUUGCUAGCUUGUGCAAUUACUUGUGGUUAUAUAUAUCAGUGCCCGCCAUUUCGGCUAAGUUACCAAGGACUGGGUGAACCCCUGUGCUUUUCAGCAUUUGGCCCCUUUGCCACUACUGCAUUUUACUUACUGCUGGGGAGUUCAAGUGAGAUGACCAAUCUCCCAUUAACCGGUACAAUUCUUUCUGUGUCACUCCUUGUUGGCUUCACAACAUCGUUAAUCCUCUUUUGCAGUCACUUCCACCAAAUAGAAGGGGAUAUAGCUGUUGGAAAAAUAUCCCCUUUGGUUAGACUUGGCACUGAGAGAGGUUCUGAUGUGGUGAAAGUAGCAAUCUUGACACUCUACUCUCUUUUGUUUGCUUUUGGUCUGAGCAGGGCUCUUCCUUUUACCUGCAUUCUUCUCUGUGCCCUGACAAUGCCCAUGGGAAAACUGGUAGUUACCUUUGUUGAAGAAAACCACAAGGACAAAGGGAAGAUUUUCAUGGCAAAGUAUUAUUGUGUGAGAUUGCAUGCUUUAUUUGGGGCAGCAUUGGCAGCAGGACUGGUGGCAGCUAGAAUGAUCUCCUGAAGAUAUGUUCCAAGGCUGAUGUUUUCUUGAAUAUUAUCCAGCAAUUAAGUGAAAAAUCAAGCUGUUUAAUCAUUCCGUUUAA